CCGACGUCCCGGAAAAGGCCGAAUGGAUUUUCGACUACGGCCUUGCUCUCUACCGUCGAGACAGUCAGCUGGUUGCAGGACAAGCAGCUAUGGCUGUUACAGAACCCAGCUUCAAGGAAGCCACCGUGUGCCUCGCUUCGGUGACAGAAAUGGCAGAUGCCCCACGAUCCUACCGCGCCCUCUCUUGGGUGUUUAUGGGCAUCCUUCUGCGGACAAAGCCAUCAAGAUCCCUUGGCCAAGCCUUGCUUGAUACUGUUCAUCUCCAUUCAUAUACCUCGAUGGAUUGUUACGAGCAGGCGUUAUCACUGCAACCAGACCACCACAUCGUCUUAAGGAGAGUUGCCUCUGAACUGACCCUGAUGAAACAGUACGACCGCGCAGAAAAAAUGUUUCACAAGUCGAUUGAAAAGGAACCUUCCUGGUUCGGACAUCGCCAUCUAGGAUUGUUGUACCUAGCAAUGUACGAGGAUAUCUAUGGUAAGGAACAGAAGGUAACUUCGGAACGACCACUUGGUCUACUCGCAAAGGCUCAAGAACAGUUUGAGACAGCCCUGAAAUUCAAACAAGUGCACGCAGAUCACUCGGACCUAGGCUACAUCUCUUUUCUCAGAGGUGACUACGACAAAGCCGUGCAGGAGUUCAGUCUCGCAGUACGGUCCAACCAUGAUGACAACUUCGACAUCGCCCAAACACAUUCUCGAUGGGCACAGUGCCUCCGGAAAAUGGGCGAAGAAGAGGGCGCCCUAGUGCAGUUUGCAGAAGUUAAGAAAGCUCAAGGGAGACUGCAGAAGCAGGUCUCGAUCCUACAAAAUAUCUUCACCCACAAUCAUGGCAUCAAUUGCUGCGGUUUUGAAUGCGACCUGUCACGAUUUGACUACUGCUCUUCCGAACGACCAGGAUUUGUGAACAUCUUAUCCGAGAACCAGUGUGCUUACGUCAGUCCUAUAUCACCCGUAUUCCUUCGUCAGCCUAGCCCUUACAAAUUCGAUUUCUUCGUCAGUUUCUCUCACAUCGAUCACAAAUGGACUGUCUCGUUUGUGAAGAAGCUGGAGAAAGAUUUCAACGUCCGCGGUUGUAUCCGCUACCGUGAUUACGCGUACGGUGCGACCAUCGCAGAGAACAUUGCGGAGAACAUCGACGAGUCGUAUCGUACCAUCCUGAUCUUGUCGCCAGACUCUCUCAGAGACCACUGGUGUCGUUAUGAGCUCCAGAGAGCACAUAUGGAAUCCUUGAAGCGACGAUGCAUCGUACCUGUUAUGCUGCGUACGUGUAAACUGCCCCGAGAAGUAGAGAACCUAACCCACAUCAAGUGUAACCGGGGACAGUUCGUCCUGGAUGAUUGGUACAGGCUUCAGGACACUCUUCGCCAGGAUGAGAAGAAGACGAAGAUAGACUUGAGCAGUUGACUAUCGGCACCAGAGCCUGAGAGAGAGACUAAGGUUCCAAAGUGCAUUCAAAAGCUGCCUCUCAAACUAAAAAAGACAAUACGCCAUCAUUUCAUAUCGUAGACAAAUCACCCGUCAGAAGUUUACAUGGUGGAUUUUCUUUAACAAUAAUUAUUCGUGUAUUUCUGGACAUCAUUAUGGUAUCAUUAUGCUAAUUGAAAUAAACAUCAUUACUAUGGUCAUAGCCGAGCGGACAAAAUAAUAUCAUGGUUACGUAGCGCUCUAGCAUAUCGGAUACCCAUUUACACCUUGGUGGAAAGUGGCAAAAGUGAAUUAAUGAAUUGCCAUUAAAGGACGUUAAUACCGAGGCAGGAUUUGAACCAAAAAUGUCCUGAUUGAGAGACCAGGGGAGUAUUUUACAAAGGCUAAGAUCGACUUAAAGUUGGACUUAACUAAGGUAGACCAUUCAUGCCACU